GUGGAGAGAAGACGUACGUAUUUCGCUCUGCCACUCCUGAGCUUCUUUGACCCCGCGGUCUCUGAGGCUCGACAGGUAAACAAAGCACAAGUGUUGAAAGUCAACAUAGAGGCACAAUGAGUGAGGCGACAGUGCGUGUAUUGGUUACGGGAGGUUCUGGCCUGCUUGGUCGGGCUGUCAUGAAGGUGUUUAAGGAGAAAAACUGGAACGUACUUGGAACGGCAUUUUCAAGAGUUGGCCAGGGCCUGGUGAAGUGUGACCUGACAGACAGCAGCUCAGUCGAGGUGCUGAUUGAGAAGGAGAAGCCUGAUUUCAUCAUCCACGCAGCAGCCGAGAGAGCUCCAGAUGCUGUUGAGAAUAGAUAUGAGGAGACACGGAAGCUCAACGUUGCAGCAUCGGGCCAUCUCGCAGCAGUUGCAAAGCGCUGUGGAAGCAAACUCAUAUACAUUAGCACAGAUUAUGUCUUUGAUGGAACGUCGCCUCCUUACAGAGAGACAGACACUUGCCAUCCCUUGAAUAAAUAUGGACAGACAAAACUGGACGGAGAAAAAGCCAUUUUAAAAGAAGAUCCAAGCGCUUGCAUCCUGAGGGUUCCAAUCCUGUAUGGUCCUGUUGAGAAAGUGGAUGAGAGUGCCGUGACGUGCCUGCUGCCACUUUUACAGUCGAAUGUAUCCAAGAAAGUAUCCCAUUACGAGAAGAGAUACCCUGUCCAUGUCAGGGACGUGGCACUCAUUUUGCGGGAUCUUAUCAGUGCCAUCAGCAAGGACAAGGAAAUCAACGGAAUAUUCCAAUGGAGCGGAAAGGAGCAACUGACGAAGUACGACAUGAUAGUGGCGAUGGGUCGGGUGCUGUCCCUCUCCCACGACCAUAUCACCCCCGACCCCAACGCAGCUCCAGGGGCACCCAGACCCUACGAUGCCCAAAUGGAUUCGUCGCGCCUCGAGUCCCUCGGGAUCUCGCACCACACUGCCUUCGACGUUGGGAUCAAGGAAUGCCUUAGUCCCUGGUUAGUGUAGAGGAACAGAGAGAGGAGGGGGGGGAGGGGGGUUCCUAGGAGGUGUAAGGCUAGUUAUUGCUGUUAUUGUUGAUAGGGAUAUUUUAUUAUGCAGAUGUGCAAGUAGAGAGUAGCUUUAAGAAAUACUUUUGCAUGAGAUAGAGGAAAAAUUAUACCGUUUUGUUAAGUGAUGUAUUUCCAAUAUUAAUUGUUUAUAAGUUUGGUUUAUUUAUUAGUUUUUUCUUUUUUCCAAAAAGGGCUAAAGAACAUUGUUGUAUGGUAAAGGAUUUUUUCAGAAAAGAAAAGAAAAAAAAACUAAGUAUAAUCUAUAUUUUGCAUUACAUAUAUUAGCUUGUCUUUUAUAAUUCAGUAAUCUAGCUUAUUUUAUCUUUGUUUUAUUUAUGUUACAAAGGAUAAUAAAUUUUGUAUGAUAUAGAA